CGGCAUUUACAUGAAUCGAUCAUUACCAGUAUCUAUUAAACUUUCAUACAUAUAUAAAGUUCAUCUCCAGUGUACAGCACUUUGAUAUGUCUGAUUCGUACGAUGAAUGUGUGAGAGGGUCCCUGAAGCUCAAAGGAAGUGCUACUCUAGGUCCUAAACUAGGAGGAAAGAUCAAAAAAAAGAAGAAGAAGAACAAGGCAAAGGAGUUCAUUGAGAAGCUGGAGGGUCUGGAGGAGAGGUCAUCAGGUGAUGCGGGGAGGAGUGGAGGGUCGACUGAGGCCAAUGGUGGUGAUGAGAGGACCAAGGCAGAGCUAGCAUUCGAGAAGGUCCAGGAAAAGAGAAAAGCCGAACGUAUUCUCAAGAAAGCGAGGAAGACACACAAGCAAAGAGUGGAGGAGUUCAACAGUCACUUGGACACACUCACAGAACAUUUCGACAUCCCUAAAGUCAGCUGGACCAAGUGAACAUUCGUUCAACAGACUCUCAUUUCAGUAUAAAAACAUUUCCUUUUCUCAAAUUCUGUUCUUGUAUAUGGUAUGUAUUAUCUUGUUGUUGGAAAAAUUAAUGUUUGUUUCAAACAA